GAAACCGUUGGAAGUGGUCGUGUUGAGGUUCGGUUUCGUUCCAGGUGUAAAUUAACAGUUUUUUCGCGAUCCGCGCGCGAUUCAGGCAGACCAGCAGUGGAAAGAAGCACCGUUUUUUCCCUCCUCUUGUCGUGAAAAGAGGGAGGGUUUUCUUCUUUUCGCUCUGCUUUUCGUUCGUUGUGCAAAUAGAACGCAAAGGGCUCUCUCUGCCCAGAAGCCAAAAGUUUGCGAAAGUGAAGUUGAAUAAGUGUUUUUGUGAAAUUGUUGAGCAACUUAAGAAAAAAGUCGAGAAAAUUGUAGUGUUUGGAAAAUUGUAAGUUGCUGAAAUAAAAAGCACUGUUAAGAAUAAAAAGUGGAGGAAAAUUUAAAUGAAAAAUGAUCAUUAUUCCUAAAAUUAUGUAAAGUGAAAUUUAUGUGUUAACUCUUUUUGGAGUAAAAAUUUGUUUGGAAAAAUUGUGCAACAAGGAUUACUACACCAGUCUGCGGAAAAAAACAAGUUCAAAAAGAAACAAGUUUUUUUUUGCUGACCUCCCGUCACAGCUGAGUAGAAACCGAAAGGAUAUUCAAUUUUUGAGCUCGGGCAAGCAGCAAAUAAAUAAAAACUCGGAGCAACACCAGGGCACAGGUUCAAUCAACUUGACCCAAUCGCCACGCGGUGAAUCUGACCGCUCCUGCCGAGUUGCCCUUAUACGGCACCCGUCGGAGGACACCUCGCCGCUCGAACGCCUGGCUAAUUCCGCGGAGCUCGUUUUGAUGUCAGGCCAGGCACACCGCGGCAGCUGCUACUCUGAAGAUUAAUUUGAAAGCAAACCCACACGACGGCUUCGGCGUUUCGAAGAUGUACGCAAGGCAACUCCAACCGACGACGCAACAUCUGUGAUUUACCCGUGCACAAACACGCCAUGGACACGAUCCAGGAGGUGGUGGUGGCCAAGCCGAUGGCCAGUGACCCCGAGCUGCUAGACGCUGCUUCGGGUGCGGCGCCAAACGACACGACCAAAUCCUCGCAGGAUUCGUCCUUUAGCCCGUACAACUGCUCGUCGCUGCUGAUGGAGGAGGAAGACGAUCAACAGCAGCAGCAGCAGCAGCAGCCCGCGGUUGAAGAGAUAAUCGAGCAACACGAUGGCGUUAGUGGGGAAGAAGUGGCGGUGGACGCCGAUGUCGUGAAGGUGCUGAAUGGGGCCGGGACCGAUGGUAGUGAUAGUGGGGUUGAGUUUGGAGUGACCGGGUCGUUGAACGAUACCGGGAUUCUGCAGCGAGCGCUGAGCAACAACAGUGCCGGAUAUGCGAGCAGUUGCUGUGGGCUUGAAGAGGGCAACGGGGUCAGCGUGUCGUGCAACUCCAGUAUGAUCAGCUACAGCUCGGACGUGUACGACAAGACUGGCAGUACAAUUCUGUUGGGCGGCGGCAGUCGACUCAGCAAUGACUAUUGCGCCAGUGAAGGUGGCAGUGAAAGUUCCUCGAUCACCGGUGGACCGGUGAGUUCGCUCCGGAAGGGCGGUAGUUCGACGAAGAAAAAAGUGGCCAUGAAGGAACCGCUCUCGAAUCGGUCCCCGCGGAAGUCUGCCGAAAGCAUCUGCUCGGCGCGAAGUAGCUCGCGAUCGCGGGCCUCUUCGCUGGGACGAUCGGUUUCGCUCAACCUGAAAACCCCGCCCACUUCAGCGAUGAACGUGGCAGCCCGGGAACGGGCACGAUCUCGUGAAAAGAUGGCCGCCAGCACGGCCACCAAGACUGUCUCGACACCAAAAUCAAACACCCUUCCGGCAAAGCGGCCACCCAAGCCGGAUUCGUUGCCAACAGGACUGAAAGAAGCCUCGCCAGCACUGCAAAGGGUCACCGUCUCGAGGACGCCCUCCGUCACCCGGGGACGAACUCCGCUGGCCACGCCCACCGACGACGGACGCUGGCCAUCGGUCGGCGGUAAAGGCACAACCACUCCAAGAUCCACCUCGGCCAGAGGCACCUCCGCGGCCCCGGAAGGCGUCUCGAUCAAAACUCGCGUCGGAACACUCGCGCUGGAAGCGAAAGUCAGCAGUCCGUUGGACAAAUUUGGAACGCUGCCUCGCCGACGGAAAGAACGGUCCGCCGAAGACCUGCAAGGAUCGAGCUCUCGAAGUGCGUCCGCGACGCGUAACCAGAACCCAAUGACCACCUCGCUCAUCAAGAAGCUUCCCUCGACCAAGCAGGAAACGCCCACGCGAACUCUUCCAAGCUACCCGAAACUCGCCAACACCGUGAAGAAGGCCAUCCAAAAGACCAAAAUCUACCACGAGACGAGCGUACAAACGGCCAUCACCUGCAAGGACGUCGAGGACGCGUUCAACGGCAAAGCCAAGGACAUCCGAGUCGAUGCCAUCGAACAGUGCCACAAACAAACCCAGUCCGACAUCCGCGACAAGGAGAUGGAACGACUCGAAGAGAAGCUGAAAAAGCUCACCGCGGAAUACUCCACAAUGCUCACGAAGCACUCGGAAAAGAGCCAAAUGGUCACGGCCCUCGAGCAGAAGCUGCUCAAAGAGCGCGAGGAAAAGCUGGCCGCCCAGAAGGAACUCCAGAUGAACAGCGAGCGCGUCCUCGGACUGCUCGAGUCCGUCCCGGGUGGCGUCCCCGUCGAAUCGACCGGCUCAGACUGCGACAGCCUUCUCAUGCUCGAAUCCCAACUGCAACUCUCCGGUUCCGUGCUCGAGAAGAAGCAGGAGGAAAUCGCCAAACUGCGCACCAUCUGCCGGACGCUGCACGCCGACAUGGAGCUGUCCCUCAAGAACCAGGAGGAGCUGCUGAGACAGAAGACUGAGCUGGAGGAGGAGUCCAGCGAGAUGCAGGACUUUUUGCAGGCCGAAAAGGCGUCCUGCGUGGAAGCGCUGAAGGAGGCCGAACUGGAGAUGUCCCAGCUGCGCCAGACGUUGGCCCUACGCGAGGGAGAGAUCGAGCGGCAGCAGGAGGAGUGCCGCCACCUGGUGCGCAUCGGCGAGCAGAGGAGACAAGAGUACCUCGGCAUGCAGGCCAAGUACAACGCGCUCGAAAGUCGCUCCAAGGACAUUCUGCUGCAGCAGGGUGCGGCCGUGUCGGGCGCGUCGGUUGCCCUGUCCGGACUCGGAACCCGGCUGGACCAUCUCGUGGAGCAGCUGAUUGCGUCGUACAACAUUUCCGAGCAGGACCUGGAGGACGUAAUCUACCACAACGAAGCGUACACCAAUAGCAGCAGCGGGGACGGUAGCCCCGAGUGUGAACAGCAACCGGCCGCGGCGUACUGUGAUCAACAGCCGGCACCGUGCGCAACUCCGGCCAAGGCGCCACUAUCACCGCAGCGCGGCCAGUCCUUUAUCGCGGCCGUGAUAAGCGCGAUCAAGAACGCCACCAGCAAGUCCGCUGCCGCGGGCAAGUCGGCGUCGGUGGCGACGCCCAAGGAGCGCAAGGAGAUUUGCGGUCACGAAUCCGACUCGACGGAGAUGCUGGACUCGGAAACGGAGCCCUGCCUCAUGAUGGACAACGUCCUGGAGGACGUCGCGAUGCCCGACUCGCACUCCCACAACAUGGUCUCGUCGUCGACGCGAAUCUCCCAGAUCGAGAUGCCGUCGUCGCUCGAAAGCGGAGCGGCCAACGCGAUGAUCUCGCACGACGAAUCGCUGGACAACCUGUCCCAGGCCAUAGCCAACCGGCAGCAGAUCGAGCUGCAGUCGAGCAUCAUCGCGAGCGGCCGGUCACCGCGGCGUCAGUUCCGGCAGUCGAACGGCGAGCAGAGACCGGCGAACGCUGGAACCACCACCGCCGGUGAUCACACCACCGCUAGUCACUCGUCGUCGCUGGAGGACGACGAGAACAGUUGCUGCGGCGAGGCCUCGAUCGCGGAAAUGCCCUCGAUUUGCGAGUACUGCAACGCGCAAUCGCUCGUCGAUCAGGUCAUCGACGUGGACAACCUGAUCACGAAGCUGCUGAAGGUGCUGCGCAUCGUGCAGAUGGACAACGAUCACUGCAUCCAGGAGCUGGUCGUUCACAAGAACAAGCUGGCCCUAACCAACGAGGAGAUCCAGGAUCGCGCCAAGGAGUACGAGGAGUUGAACGUCAAGCUGAAGGAGGAUCUGGCGGAUGCGUCGCAGCAGCUGGUGGCCCGCGGCAACGAGCUCACCAAAAGCAAGGCCGAGCUGGUUUGCCACCGGCAGGAGAUUGAUAAACUCAACGAGGACAUCUGUCAGCUUAGCACGCUGUGCAGCAACAACAAGCAGCAACAGAACGCCAACAUGCUGACGAUCAACCGCGAGGACGUCAUCAGCGCGCUCAAGCUGUGGAACGAAAACGACUCCAUCCCGGAGAAGGACCUGAUCAGCCACGUGGUGCAGGCUUGCAACGAGAUUCCGAAGCUGAAGGCGCGCCUCUGCGAGAAGGAGCAGCAGCUGGCGGCGAUGCAGCAAACCAGUGCCACCCGGCUGAUGAGCGCAAGCUGGCACCAGGCCCUCGGGGAGGCCAAGCGGCAGUACGAGGCGAUCGAUCGGGCGCUAGAAACGCUACACAGCGUACAGUCGAUCGUGCAGCAGUCGCCGGCCCUUACCGAGCUGCAGCGUGAUCUCGAGGAAACAAACUUCCAGUCGAUCCCGCUGGUCUCGCUGCCGGCGCACCUGGUCAACGGGAAUGGGGUUGCCGCCGUAGCGGCCGCCAUCGACCUGAACGCCAACCAGACGAGCAACGGAAACGGUUCGCCGGUCGCAGCCGUAGCAGGACUGCAGCUGACCCAGCCGGACUUUAUCGAUUCGACGGCAUGAUCACCGCGCGAGCGUGAGUUUGUAAGUAUGGUAAGUAAAACUAGCUAGAACUCGUUUAGUGUGUAAGGCGUCAAACCAGUGUGGAUUGAAGAAGAAAAUUGUGAUCAACAAAAUUGUGUGUAGACAAAUAAAUUAUACUGAGUUGUUUUUUCCACCGUAGCUAACCACAAUUCAAACAGAAUAGUUCCAGAUAGAAUUUAGGUCAGAAAAAAAAAUAAAUUAGUGUCCAAAAUAGAUUGUAGAUGUUGCCCAAUACCAAGCUGUAGUAUUCAAAGGUAGUUAAAUUUUACGAACAAAAAAAUCACAACACUUAAACUUUUAA